GCGCCUCUCAUUCCUCUAGCCAGACUCCGGCGAAAGAAAAACUCACGUAUACGUACAUCUUUGCCACCGCCCACAGCACACCAGCGUCGACUGUGAUAUAGUCAUGGCGGUCAUGGCGCCGUCCGCGCGCGUGUCGCUGCUGCUCGCCGCGGUACUCGCCUGCGCGCUCCUCGCCACCAGGCAUGCCACCGCCGCCGAUGCCCCCGCUCCCGCGCCCGGCGGCUUCGGGUGCAACCCGCUCAAGGACAAGACGUGCAAGCCGGGCGACCCCAAGGCGCCGGAGAACCAGGAGGAGGAGGGCGGCUUCGGCGCGAGGUUUCCGGGACUGCCGACGCUGCCCAUUCCCGGCAUCGGCAAGAUCGACCGCGACGGCGAUGGCGACACCGACGAGGACGACGAGCUGCCGUCGUUCGACACCCACAUGACCAUCCUCGGCCACUGAUGGGAGCGUUCGGACCGGAGCCUAACUUCUAAGUUCGUAGUGUGCAUGGUUUGUUUGUUGUAUCUUCUUGCAUUAGUUUGUGUUGCUGUUGAAGAAAGGAAGUGUGGGUGUAUCAUGACGGUCCACGCUAGACGUUGAUGGCGAAAAUUUGGCUGUUGGUCUUGUUAAUAUCCUCACUGUUCUGAAUGGAGCUCAAAAGUCUAAUCAAUUUGAUAUCAUUUGUUCU